ACAUAUAACUGGGAGGGACUGGUGAUUGUUAUGAACAGAGUCGGGGACUCAAACUCCGCUGGGGCACAGGGAUUGUUAGUGGAUCCAAGUGACAGGGACAUGGCCGACACCGAGCUUAAGUCCAGGAGGGCCAAUCAGGAGGACAGGAAUAUAGAAGAGUCAGACGGCGGGCUUGGAUGCUGCGGUUGGUUUUUGGUGAUUUUGUCCUUCUUCUUCACGCUCCUCACCUUCCCCAUAUCCGUAUGGAUGUGCAUAAAGAUUGUGAAGGAAUAUGAGCGCGCAAUCAUUUUCAGACUGGGGCGUAUCCUGCGCGGUGGAGCAAAGGGACCAGGUCUGUUCUUCGUUCUCCCCUGCACCGACAGCUUCAUCAAUGUGGAUAUGAGAACCAUUUCAUUCGACAUCCCCCCCCAAGAGAUUCUGACAAAGGACUCGGUCACCGUUAGUGUGGAUGGCGUUGUCUACUAUCGGGUCAAUAACGCUACCCUGGCAGUGGCCAAUAUCACCAACGCAGACUCAGCCACCCGGCUCCUGGCCCAGACCACCCUGAGAAACGUCCUGGGGACCAAGAACCUGUCCCAGAUCCUCUCUGAUAGAGAAGAGAUUGCCCAUAACAUGCAGUCCACCCUGGAUGUGGCGACAGACGACUGGGGUAUCAAGGUGGAGCGGGUGGAGAUUAAGGACGUGAAGCUGCCCGUCCAGUUGCAGAGAGCGAUGGCGGCAGAAGCCGAGGCUGCCAGGGAGGCCCGCGCCAAGGUCAUAGCAGCCGAGGGGGAGAUGAACGCCUCCCGGGCCCUGAAAGAGGCUUCCAUAGUGAUCUCGGAGUCCCCGGCCGCCCUGCAGCUGCGCUACCUGCAGACUCUGACCACCAUCGCCUCCGAGAAGAACUCCACCAUCGUCUUCCCUCUGCCCCUCGACCUGCUGAAGGGCUUCAUGCAGAAAUAGACCCGCCCUCGUUAGGCCGAGGGGUAACGACUGUAAUUCAGAGUGAUCACUUCCUGGUAGGGGUUCCUGGUUGGGUUCCAGGUCUCCCAAACCGGGUUCCAGGUCUCCCAAACCAGGUUCCGGGUCCCAAAAUGAUAUCAAAUAAGUUUAAUUUUUUAUUGACGAUCCCUUAACCCGUUAAAAAGCCAAAAACCGUCUAUCGAAUGUUGUUUGGGGAAUUGUUUGUAAAUCAAUGAAUAUAAUAAAUGUAACACUGAUCGUGUCUGGCAGCCGACAAACUUUAUCCCAUUAUUCUGUUACUCACCCCAAGGGGGGGCACUAAGCUGUUUAGGGGGGCAAGUAGGGUGCCCCCCAGUACUAUGGAGGGACCCAGUUAGUGUAAAGAUCAGUGCAAAAGCAGAACGUUAUUAUUGUUAAGAUAAUAAUAUGCUAGUAUAGUGUGUAUAGGCAGGACCAAUGGCAGUGGAGGGGGGUGGGGAGAAAUGAUAAUUAAAGGGUAUACAAACCAUAUUCAUAUCAUAGCAAGUGUGAAUGUUUAUAGGUAGAUUGAUAAAAAUAAGCCUCGCUGUGGGUCUGUGCCCAGUAACUUACAGUCGCCAAAGUUCGAUGUUGCACUCAGUCGGCACCGUGUGUUUCCCCUUAGGGAACUGUUUUGUGUUAUUUUUUGUACCAUUGUACCAAAUAAAUACUCGCUUUAACUGUG